AAAAAUAAUAAUUUAUUUUAUUGUUUGUAUUGCGCAUCGAUUGUAAAAAUGUGAGAGAUAAUGGAAAGUAUAAAAAUAGUAAAUUUAUAUAUCCUGGCUACAAUUAUUGCUGUUAGUUGAAGAAUUGCUUCGCACUGUACUUAUCGUGGAUCAGUUUCAAAGAGCUAAAUAAAAAUGCAAGCUAAAUUUUUAUUAAUUCUCUCCAUUGGAGUUGCAGUAAAUAUAUUUAUGUAUGCCGAUGCUAGUGAAUGCCCUCCAAGAGACCUUAGAGAAUACCUAAAUUGUUGUAAUGUUCAGAAGUUAUUGACUCGUUCAGAUAUUCAUAAAAUCCAUUAUACGUGGGGAAUGGUUUUCAAAAAACCAACAGAACUUGGCUUGUCAAUACUUAUAGGAUUUUAUGAGACUUAUCCAGAGUAUAAAGAGGACUACACAGAUUUCAAAGAUAUAUCGAACGAGUGCUUAAGAAAAGAUAAAAACUUCAGAAGUUUAGCAAAAGAGUACGCUGAUGCAUUUAAUAAGGCAGUCCGUGCAUUGAAUAAAAUUUCAUCAGUUGAAAAUUAUUUUCUUAAUCUCGGACGCGUUCUUGCCCAAAUGGGAAUAUCAGAACACUCUCUGAAAGACUUCAAGUUGUCUUUCAUUCAUACUCUGCAAGCUCUUGAAGACAAUACAUUUAGACAAGCAGAGUAUCUAGCCUGGAGUAAAUUCUUUGACAUACUCUUGUGUUACAUGUAUGAGGGUUUUCCAAAUUAAUUUAACCCUCGGU